GCGUAACACUGCGUCCUUAUUCCCAUGGCUUAUAAUGUCACGAGACUAUACAGGUACCCUUUAGGACUAGUUAAGGCAUCAGUAUACGGGAUUGAGGCAGGGCUGACUUCUAGAAAUCUGCUAACCAGAGUAUAGGUUUGCCGAGAUCCGUAGAUAUCGAUGAAUGACUCUUCUGACUACCGCCACUGGAGCGGAAAACAGAAGUUUGGUAAAGAGAGCAAGUAACUGACCAAGGAACUCGAAUCGCCGCAGAGAUUCUGAUGUCACAGCAUCUACACUUCCACACCUCUACACAUAGCGAUACCUAGAUAACCUUCAUCUCUCAAUCUCAAAUCUCGACAAUGUCUCGAAACGAAAAACAAGCCUCUCCUCCACCGUACUCAGAGUACAGCUCACCAGGGUCCACACGAGGUCAGACCAUCCUCGAUCAGUUAAGCACAACCCGCACACACCACAUUCAAUCCGUGAUCGAAAGGCACGUCAUUCCUCUAAUCGAAGAACGCGCUACCUACGGCAUCGCCCAAACAACCAUCGCCAUGCUCCCCUCCGAUAUACCUUUGCCCGCAGUGGAAGAGAAGUCUGAAUACAGCUUCGACACUUCCGACUCCAAACCGGUAGAAGUAGUUGGUUUCUCAUCAGAAGACGAGCCGAAAGUCGUGCGGUUAGAAGGCCAAAUGAAUCGGACAGAGUUUUGGAGACCGCAAGUUGUGAUUGUAGAGUUGGAGCGUAUGCUAAGCGAAAACCUGAAUGCGAGCCCGGUUCUCAGGAGUCCCAGAGGGCAUGGAAGAAGUGAAGCGGAUAGUGCACAAAGGCAUUCGAGGAGAGGGUUUCUCAGUAGGGUUAUGCCAUCGUUAGGGCCAGAGCUGCGCUCACCGAGCGGAAAUCCCGAGGUUGGCGUGAAACAAUUGGAUCAAGUAAGAAUGGUCGUGGUAAAAGCUAGAUUGGAGGAGAUUUGUCUGAGGACUGUAAGCGAGUUUGGCUUGUACGAUACAAUGUCGAAGCAGUGCGUCAUCAUUCGGGUAGAUGCACGGUGUUGAUUAUUUUUCAAAGCCUGUAGACGAGAUAUUGAGUAUUUAGUAAGGGAUGAUAUGCGAUCUUCUUACCAUUUACUCGUUGGAGAUGCAACACAUACGAGGCGAGUACGUAUUUUACUUGGGCGCAUCUAAGCAAUACUCGUCACCUCGAACCUCAUGCAAUACUAAAGUAAGUGUCAAUCAUGCUGCAUGUCAAUGUAUGUUUUUAGCAAAUGCAUUCAGCAGUUCUAAAGAGGAAAAAAAUUGUAGCUUCGUGAUGAAUACGGAUC